AUGGCGGUGAAGCAGGUCCGCGCCCAGUGGGUUCCACACUCCUACUUCGGCCACCACGCCUCCACGCUGGGCCAUAUUUCUGCAGCCGAGCCUGAACGGGGCCUGGGGGCACACGGGCUGAAACCGACCGACUGGCACUGUAGGGAACGGAGCCGGCCUUGGCUCGGCCCUGUCUGGACACAAGUUUUAGAGAGAGCGUUCUCGUCGCGGAAAGCACACUCGGCGAGGGACAUGGAGGGCCCCUUGCAGCUGGUGAGGAGCCUCGUCCCUCCGCUGAGUGCCCAGAAGCACAAAGGCCAGGACGGAAGGAUAGGCGUGGUCGGCGGCUGCCAGGAGUACACCGGAGCCCCCUACUUCGCGGCCAUCUCCGCUCUCAAAGUGGGCGCAGAUCUGUCCCACGUGUUCUGCACCCGGGAGGCCGCGCCUGUGAUCAAGUCGUACAGCCCGGAGCUGAUCGUUCACCCCGUUCUGGCAGAGGGGCUGGAGCACCUGAGCGGGGGAGUGGCCGCGCCCAGCGGGUACUUUAAACGGCUUAUCUGCUGCUGCAUUCGUGGGCUGGCCCCGCCCCGCCCCGGGCACCUGCCUCCCGCAGCCUCUUGUGUGCGGAGCUGCCAGGGCCCCUGGCAGAGGGGCCGCGGUCAGGUCAGGGGGUCUGUUCUGUUAUUGGUCGGUGACCUGGGGUCCAGUUUGUCCGGAACCGCCUGCUUGUUCUCAUCAUUCCGCGGAGGCUGCCGGCUUGUCGCUCAGCAUGGCUCCCUUCUCUCGCAGGGCAUUUUAGAGGCUUCCAGGGCCAGGGACGUCCCCGUCGUCAUCGAUGCAGACGGGCUGUGGCUCCUCGCUCAGCACCCCGCCCUCGUCCACGGCUACCGCAGGGCCGUGCUCACCCCCAACCACGUGGAGUUCCACAGGCUCUCCGAGGCCGUGCUCAGGGGCCCCGUGGAUGGCACUGAUCGCCGCGAAGCCGUGCGGAGACUCAGCCAGGCCCUGGGGAACGUGACCGUGGUCCAGAAAGGGGAGCAGGACGUGCUCUCUGACGGCCAGCACGUGCUCGAGUGCGCCCACGAGGGCAGCGGCCGCAGGUGCGGCGGUCAGGGGGACCUGCUGGCGGGCGCCCUGGGCGUCCUGGUGCACUGGGCGCUGCUCGCCGGGCCCGAGAAGACAAACGGGUCCAGCCCCCUGCUCCUGGCCGCCCUGGGUGCAUGCGCUCUCACCCGCCAGUGCAGCCGCCAGGCCUUCGAGAAGCACGGCCGCUCCACCACCACCAGUGACAUGAUCGCGGAGGUCGGGCCUGCCUUCCGCAGACUCUUUGAACCCUGAGCCCAGGCCGCGGGAAGCUGGCGGUGCCAUGGAUGGGGACGCUGCCUUUGUCACAGGAGCCUCGUCACAUGUCCCCGUCCUCAGGGUACAAGAGCAGCGUGAUCCACGUGUUGAUUUUUGGCUUAAAUGUGUAGCUGGAGGUGUUAGGGGACACUGAACAGGAUUCCUGAACUUUCCUGGCCGCUGCUCAGCAGGGAUGGAGAGAGAGUGAAGAGAUGCGCACGGCCCGAGCCGCUGUGGGGACUCGCUCUCCUCCCCGAGUCAUGUGUCCCCACACGGGGUCCCAUCGGUUUUGUCCAGACACCGGCACAGUGAUGAGCUGUGCUUUUUAGCCUCGAGGCCCACUGGGCGAGUGGCCCUCAUGGUCUCGCUCAUGUUUGCUUUUUAAACAGCAAUUCGGUUGGAACCUGGCAGAGAAGCGUUAAUUGGUUGAAGGAUUUCAGUGUUUGGUUUUCGGAGGACACGACCCUGAGCGUGUGGGUGGGGCCCUGACGUGUCCCAUGAGUGUGCGGGGGCCCCUGCUUGGAGCUGGUGUGUGCUCAGGAGCAGGGUCCCGUCCAGAGGGGAGGUCUGGGCAGCGGCUCAUGGCCCGUGGUUCCUUCAAAAGGUGUUGGCCCUGCUUGGGGUGAUGCCGUGUGACCUCGGACCUCACAUGGAUCCUUUAAAACUUAUUUCUUGAAAACUGUCCCCUUGUUUCAGGUGUAACUUUAGAAACGUCACUGUCUUUGGGGGAAUUAUAUCUAAAUCCUGGUAACUAUUAAAAGGCAAAUCUGGUUUAUUUCAA